CCAUUACAAUCUUCCUUCUUCUCUCUCUCUCUUUCUGUUUUCUCUUCUUCUGCAACGAACCAGCUUUCUCUCAAAAUUUUCAGUUCUUGAAGCUUGAGAAAGAUGAAGUUGCCGGUUUUUGUAAUUCCUCUCAUCGCUCUUUCUUGUUUUCUUGCUGUUUUUGGUCCUCAGUUCUCCACAGAUUGGACCAUUUUCUUUGAUAAAUACGCUUCAAUCCAGUCCUCUGUUUCUUCUUCCUCCCAACCAGAGGAUUCCCAUUCUAAUACCUCCGCUCCGGCGGUGACGGCGGCGAAUGAUCAAACAGUGGGACAAUACCAAUCUCCUCUAAAUCACUCUGUUUUCUUAAUACAGAGCCUUCAACUAUAUCCUAAUAAGACGAGAGUCAACGAAGAUUUAAGAGAAACCGCCAUUAAUGAAGUGAACAGAAACGUUUCUUUUAAAAGUGAUUAUGAAUCGACGGUGACAGUGAAAGCGAGAAGACAGAGGGAAUAUACAAAAUUGGAGAGAAUCGAAGCAGGGCUAAGAAGAGCAAGAGCCGCCAUUAGAGAAGCAAAGUUCCAUAAUCAAACAGAAGAUCCCGACUUUGUUCCCUCUGGCCCAAUGUAUUGGAAUUCCAAAGCAUUUCACAGGAGUUACAUAGAAAUGGAGAAGGAGCUGAAGAUCUUCGUUUAUGAAGAAGGAGAGCCUCCCCUGUUUCACAAUGGCCCCUGCAAGAGCAUUUACUCAACUGAAGGCAACUUCAUCCACGCCAUCGAAAUGGACUCCCGGUUUCGGACCAAAGAUCCCGAAAAGGCCCAUGUCUUCUUCCUUCCUCUUAGUGUUGCCAUGCUCGUUCGGUUCGUCUAUGUUCAUGACUCUCAUGACUUCACUCCAAUACGACACACAGUCGUUGAUUACAUCAAUGUCAUUGGAACCAAAUAUCCGUUCUGGAAUCGCACACUUGGUGCAGAUCAUUUCAUGCUCUCCUGCCAUGAUUGGGGUCCGGAAGCAUCGAAGUCGGUUCCCCAUUUAUACAAAAACUCGAUUCGAGUGCUCUGCAACGCCAACACUUCCGAAGGCUUCAACCCAUCAAAGGACGUAUCAUUCCCAGAAAUCAAUCUGCAGACAGGUUUCUUGACCGGAUUUCUUGGCGGCCCAUCUCCCUCCCGCCGCCCAAUUCUGGCCUUCUUCGCCGGUGGGCUUCACGGCCCAAUAAGGCCCAUUCUAAUCCAGCAAUGGGAGAAUCAAGACCGAGACAUUCAAGUCCAUCAGUACCUCCCCAAAGGAGUCUCUUACAUUGACAUGAUGAGGAAGAGCAAGUUCUGCCUCUGCCCGAGUGGCUACGAAGUCGCUAGUCCAAGAAUUGUGGAAGCCAUUUACACCGGGUGCGUUCCUGUCCUGAUUUCCGACCACUACGUCCCACCCUUCAGCGAUGUGAUAAAUUGGAAAUCUUUCUCUGUGGAAGUCUCGGUCGAGGACAUUCCGAACUUGAAGACGAUCUUGACGGGAAUAUCGACCCGGCAGUACUUGAGAAUGUAUAGGAGAGUGGUGAAAGUUAGGAGACAUUUUGAAGUGAACUCACCGCCAAAGAGAUUUGAUGUGUAUCAUAUGAUACUUCAUUCUGUGUGGCUUAGAAGACUCAAUCUUAGACUGCGUGAUCGUUGAUUAUUUUGGGUGGUAAUUAAUUGGAAUGUGUAUAGCUAUAUAUUGGUUUUUUAUUUUUAUUUUUGUCUUCACAUUUUUGUAUAUUAAAGGAUUAAUCAUUUAAUUUGAUAAGAAGGAAGGUUGAA